AAUGUCAAUAACAAGUUUAAUUACUUUUAUUCCUUUAAUUCAAUCAAAAGAACGAAAUUUAAUUCGAAUAGAAAGAACUCAUGAAAUCCCUACAAAUGUUUGUCUUGUUGCUAGUGGGCCUUUUGAAGGAAUUAUUAUUAAUAAAUUGGUUGAAAAUUAUGAAGAAUUGCCGACUCAAUUCCCCUGUUCAUUUUCUGUUUGGAUAAGUAGUGAUGGUGGGAAGACUUUAAAACAAGAAAUCCGUUCUUUUCGUUUUUGUUUCUUCAACAAUAUUCAAUUGGCUUUACGUGCAGAAACUUCCCAGCGUUUUAUAAAAAAUAUUUUUGAAAGAAAUUUUCCUAAAGGUUUUUUAAAUUUUUUUCCUUUAAAUUUUCUUUUUAAAGAUUAUGUUAGUUUUUUUAAAUUACUUUUGCGCCUUAUGAAGGAAGACUAUCCACAAUUACGUGCCAUAGACGUUGAAAUGAAGUUUGCCGCUGGGAGUGAAAAAAUGGCGAUGCCCAAUGCCAAACAAUUUAUAAAUGACGGUGAAUUGGAGAAUUUGACAUCUAGCCACGUCAAAGAAGCACUUGAACAUGCCUAUCCAAAUAGUGUAACAGAAGAGGAUUUGGCCGAAUCUUUGCGUUGUUCUGUUGAAGAAAUUCGCCAUUUUCUUUCAAUUUUGGAAAAAGAAGGGCAUAUAGAGCAAUUACCAAAUCAAAUUGGAGAAUGGAUUAGAAAGGCUUAUAUACCCGAACCUCAACAUAAUAUUCAAGAUAAACAUCCACAGACUGUUGCAAUUAUUACUUGUUUGUUCCCAGAGAAACAAAGUGUCGACACAAUUAUAGAAAAUCGAACAACUAAACAUAGGUACAUAUUUAUUUUUAAAAAUAUUUUAAAUAAAGGGGAAGAGAAUUUAACAGAUAAUUUUUGA